AUGUCCUUGUCCUUCGUCUCUACGCAGUCGGCCCAUCGAGGCAGUCAUUGGCUGGGUACAAGUUGGAUCAUGCUCACAGACAUUGUGGGCACCUCUGUGCUGACUUUUGCAGGUGUUGCUCGACAGCUGGGCUGGGUGUGGACUAUCCUGUUCAUAGUUUGCCUGGCCCCUGUGUCCAUCUACUCAGCGCUGCUGAUGUCCAGGACUGGGAGCACACUGGCCAAGCUGCCUGGAGGCAAGCGACCGGAGAGCAUGGGGGAGGCUGCCAGGUUGACAUUAGGCGGAGACAAAGCUGCUGCCGCCACAUACCUGGCUGUCUACGGCUUCGGAUAUCUGGGCCAGAGUUCCUACAUUCUUGUCCUGGGGCAGUGCUUGCAGGGGGUGUUCUUUCAAAGCGAGCUUUGCCUUCCGACGGCCACCGCGAUAGCCUGCCUCCUGUGCCUUCCCAUCGCGGUGUCGGUGAGGCACCUCUCUGAUUCGGUUGUCCUUUGCUUCAUUAAUCUGUUCCUCAUCGUGGCAGUUCUUGCCAUUGUCAUGGCAAAGAUGUACUUCGAGGGGCGACCGUCGAAUGUCCACACCUUUGCCUUCGCAGAAGAUCUCACUUUCUGGAGUGCAUUUGGUGCAGCCUCCAACAUUGUCUACUCCUAUACAGGCCACUGGCUUUACUUCGAGCUGAUGGCGGACAUGCAGACGCCAGAGCACUUUCCUCUGGUUUUCCUCAUCAAUGCACCUCUCCAGGUGUUUCUUUAUUUGCUGGUGGCAUGCUGGGGCUAUCACUUCGCUGGUGACAAGGCCGAAGGGUAUUUUCUGGACAAUUUGCCUGAUGGAGAACCCUACCGCUGGGCAUCCAUUCUGCUUUUUCUGCAUGUGGCGAUUGCCUUUCUUGUGAAGAAUGUGGUGAUUUCGCGUGCGCUUCAUAUGCGUCUUUCUCCCAGCAGGGUAGACGUGGGCUUUCGAGAGCCCGGAGGCAUCCGAGCGCAGGCAGAAUUUGCGGCUUGCGUGGUAUUUGUAUUCAUCACUGGCACUUUGAUUGCAAACUCAAUACCGUUUUUUUCAGACCUCUUGGCGUUGAUAGGGAGUUUACUGAGCGGACCGAUUUCCUUUCUGCUGCCCAUUGCCGGGGUCCUGUCGGUAUAUGAGAGGUCAGGCACAUGUGGAUACAUGUGGUAUGUCCGGGUGUGA